AUGACGCAACCUGCUGAAGAGGUAGAGCAGGAUCUGUCGCAUAUUCACUGGUCUUGGCCAGAAGCGAUUGCCGCCAAUCCAGCUAGAUCACUAGCUACCGCCGACUUGGCGAUGGACUAUUUCGCUUAUUCUCCUUUUUGGGAUUCAAAAUCGAACAAUAACGUCCUUCGAACGCAAAGGAGAGUGGAGAAUCCUACAUAUGGUCAUGUAGAGGAAAAAGUAGAAUUGAACGCUUUCAAAUCUGGAUUCGAAUAUAUAAUCUCACAUUCUCAGCCCCCAGAUCUGUUCGUAAUACAAAAGAGACAAGUAGAGCCAACAGGAAAAAGAGAUAGAGUAACUGGAUCAUGGUUCAUAUUGAAUGAGAAGAUAUAUCAGUCUCCCACAGUCUAUGAUGUGGUCUCUGCUAGACUUAGAAACGCAUCUCACUUAAUCUCCAAAACUCUAACAUCCCUAUCUGGAUCUCAUCCUUCUUCAAAUCCUAGAACGACCACUUUAUGGCGAUCCCUUCCACCUGAAGCUGUAACUCAAGCUGAGCCAAAACCUACCGUUGUCACCGCGCCCGACAGUAUAGAGGAAUCAAUUGAAGAUGAACCUGAAAAGGCGAAGAAAGGCACGCAAUUCGAUUGGCAUUUAUUCCAUUCUUUACAAACGACACGAUCAUCUCUCUCUUCUCUAGAUGAAUCAUCCAAGAGACCGAUCGACAAGCCAGAUCCAAUGACAGAGUUGAAAUCUGUUGAAGCUCAAAUGUCUGCUCAGUUUGGUAUACAAUCUCAAACCCAAAAUCAGAACCAAAACCAAUCACAAACACAAGGAAGACCAGGAUCGAUCAGAUCUUCGUCCAUCAGAGGACCCGGACUCACACCAGGAACCACUGCUGUGGGAAUUUCACCCGCCCCCACAGGAAUGGGGAUAACACCUGGUCUACCUGGGUUAGCUGCUAAUUCUCCACGAGCGAAUAGCGUAGGCGGGAGAGCACUGUCCACAGUGGGAGCAGGUUCACCAGCGAACCUACUUUAA